CGCAAUGAAAAGUGAAACGAAAUUUUGAAUUAAAAUUUAAUGAAACGCACUAAUUUCCGAAAUUCUUUGACGAUGGGUCGAAAUUAUUUAAAAGACUUUAACUAUCGGUUAUUCGUGACAUUGGGAUUAAAAUUCUGUCCACGAACAUUUAUCUCAAUCUUAUUUUUAUUAUUCUAUACUAGCCUUUUCGUUUGCAGCCAGACGCCAAAUUAUCAUCAACAUAAUCUAACGUGCGACAACUGGAAGAAGGAAUCUGAGGCUACUGUGGGAACUUGUACGCGUUAUACCAAGUUUGCAAUAUUACGUUGUCAAGGAGGCGUUAGCAAUUUAAAGACUAUAAGUGAGCAAAAGUCUCGAAAAAUUGAUGGAGUCAUAUUUUGCGGUUGGCCUGACAAAUACUUUAAUCCCAUAACAACUUUACAAACAUUGCGAAAUGUUAAACUUUUAUCUAUAGAAUAUGGUGUUAUGAAGGAAAUUUCAUAUCGAUUUCCGGAAAUGUUCUACCUACAGAGUAUUAAUAUAUCAUGGACUCGUUUAUCUUAUGUUGGACCAAAAACCUUCAAACGUAUUUACAACCUGCGUAUACUAGAUUUACGAUGGAAUCAACUAACGCACUUGGAUAGCCCGUUAAUAUUAUCGGAGACAAUUGAAUUUUUCUAUUUAAACGGUAAUCCAUGGAAUUGUACAAGAAAUUUAAAAUGGUUGCUAACAUCGGGAACAGACGAUAUCGUAACGGAUUUUCGGGAUUUAUUAUGUCAUGAUCGUAAAUACAAAGAAAGGCAUUUAUUGACCGUUAUAAAUUACAAAAUGGCACUAAAGCAUACGUGUCAAAAGUAUGAAGAUUUGAAAAACUGCACCUGCUCUAUGCAUCAUAUUGUACCGAAGUCUCAUAUUCCGUUGUAUACUGUAAAUUGCUCCUAUCUGAAUUUGUACAGGUUGCCCGCUUAUUUACCGGAUAAUACCAGUUCUUUUUACGCCAACGGUAAUAAGAUAACCGACGUUUCCCCCUUGCGCAACAACGAUCAUUAUAGAUAUGUGGACGAUAUACAUUUAGAUAAUAAUAUGAUAGAAAGCAUCGAUGUUUUAGAAGGCAGUUAUUGGUUUGAACAUUUCCGUUUAUUAAACUUGAAAGGAAAUCGACUAAGAAAGAUACCUGUUUACGCUUUAGACAAUGCUUUAGAUGAUAAUCCGCAUGCUAGCCUCCUGUCGUUAAGUCACAAUCCUUGGUAUUGUUCGUGUAAAUUUGCCAUGAGAUUUCGAGAAAUUCUGAAUAAAUAUAAUGCAAUACUAAAAGAUGCGUGGAAUGUAACCUGCAUCUAUAAACAUGGAGAUGAGUUGAAAUCAUCUAAAGUUAUGUCAAUAACACGCGAGGAUGUAUGCAAAUCAAGGGAUGAAACUAAAAUUCAUUUUCUCGACUUACUAAACGUGGUGCUGGCCAGUUUGAUUUUAUUCAUACUAGGAAAAUUGGCGUAUGAUUAUUAUUAUUACAAAAACUAUGGACGAGUGCCGUGGAUAGUAAUGAAAUUGCCUUAGAAA